ACAUUAAUUUCUAAAGUGCAAAAUUAUAUUAAGAAUGGCAGCGUUUAGGCACAUUAAAGUGGAAAAUGUUAUAGAUGAGGAAUCAUACACUGGCGUAAUAACAGCGGACAGCUUUAUGGAGAAUAAUGAGUAUUAUCAAUAUGAAGGCGAUACGACGGAGACAGUUUAUGAAAGUGAAUCGUUAAUUGAAUAUGUUGAAGAAGAUGAUUUACAGAGUAAUGAUUACAUUGUAAAUGAUACUGUGGAGGACACUAUAAAAACACACACCUUAACCGUGAAACGUCUAGUUAUCGAUGAACAAUUACAAGAAGUUUAUUGUUGCAUAGAGUGUGCCUUAGAUUUUCCAACACUCGAAGAUUUUACUAAGGCACAUAAAGUAAUGCAGAAAAAAAGAGUUAACCAAAACCUUGUAGCAGAAACAAAUGUGUACUUAAAUGCUGGGGAUAUCGAGAGCGCACCAAUUAUAUCAGAUUUUGAAAAAGUGGAUGGCGUUAUUAUAAAAGAGGAAGUUAGGAACAACCAAAACGUAGUAGAGGUUUUUGAGGCUGAUACAGGUGAACAUACAGAGUUAGCUGCAAAUAUAACUGAUUAUGCAGAUUUUGAUAAUAAGCAAUUUGUGGAAACUACUUCAGAGACUGAUGAGGUACAUGUGAAAGAGGAAAUAACGUAUACCGCAGAUGAAGAGGAUGAAGGCGAAAAAUAUUUUUGCUGUGAUUGCCAAUUAGUUUUUUGUGACAUACAGACUGCUGAACAGCAUGAUUGCAGUGCAGUUAACAAUGCAACAGCGCUGAAAACACAUGACAUUUCAGCGCAGGAUACUGCAGCCGAAAAUAAAGACUAUGAAAAUAAUUUACGUUUAUUUGUGGCACAGCAGAACGAUGCGUUGGGCUCAAAUAAGAUUAGUCGUAAACAAGAAAAGAAAUACCAAUGCGCGGAAUGUGAUAAAAAAUUUAGCACCUCCACAAGCUUACAAACACAUAGUCGCAGCCAUAACGCCAAACCAGGAAAGGUGAAAAGGAGAACGCCAGAUACAGCGACAGAAAUAAAGAACACUACUUGUCCCGUUUGCAAGACAACCUUUAGUUCGUACAAGAAUCUGAAGUUACACUUAAAAAUUCAUGACGCUCAGCAGUUACGUACUCUUGAACAGGCUUUGCCUGCUGGCGCCAAAACACAAUAUAAUGAUAUGAAUAAAUUUUUCUGCGAAAUAUGCAAUAAGAGCUUUGAACAAAACUUACUCGGCAUACACAAGAAUAUGCACCAGCAAUCUACAGAGUAUAAUUGUGGCAUCUGUAAUAAGCAUUUUGAGAAUAAAACCAACUACGACAUGCAUAUGCAAAUGCACGCAGACAAGCCGCCGAAGCCGCGCAAGCAACAAACUAAAAAUACAUUCGAAGGUAAAGGCUUUCCAUGUCAAUAUUGUGGACGCACCUUUCAGCGACCAUUCGAAAAAGUGCGCCAUGAGCGUAUACAUACUGGUGAGAAACCACAUGCUUGUGAGGUAUGUGGCAAAACCUUUCGUGUAUCCUAUUCGUUAACUCUCCAUCUGCGUACACAUACCGACAUACGACCAUAUGCAUGUGCCACUUGCAAUAAACGUUUUAAGUCCCAGCCUGUUUAUGCUCAUCAUCUGCGCACCCACGAAGCGGAACGGUCGUAUAAAUGUGAAGUUUGUUCUAAAACUUUUCGUACAUCGGUGCAACUGUCGGCGCAUAGAAAUAUUCAUUCAAAGCCAUACAAUUGUCCCGUUUGCAAUCGACCCUUCGCCUCAUUGUAUUCGGUUAAAAUUCAUAUGAAAACACACAAUAAGCUGAAUCGUGCCAAUGAUGUUACAAAAUACAGUUGCUAUGUGUGUGGCGCUGAAUAUGCGAGAGUUUCUGCAUUACGCAUGCAUAUGAGAGAUUUGCAUCUAAUUGAUUUUGAUACAAAUCAGUCGAUACAAUUAGAUGACGAUGUCAUAACCCCUGAUGAUCAAAGCUCGCACUCCCAACACAACAUGGGAGAUAGUGAAGAGGAUCAAGAGGUAGAUCAUGAAGCUGCUGUACUAAUAGCGGCGGCUGCAGAAGCCGAUUGUGGAACAUACAUUGAAGAUGCAACAGGCCAAAUCUCUGAGGCUGCGUCACCUGGCACGAGUAGAAUGGACUUACAGGUUAGCCAAUCGUAUGAGGUGACAAUGGAAAAUGAUGAGCUUAUUGUGGACAACUAUCAGACUGAGGAGAUUGUGAGUGAUUGGCUAACAAAGUAAUAUAGAUAUAUAUAAAUUUUCUAUUAAUUAUAAUUAGAAAUAAUAAUAAUAAUAAAAUAUUAAUAAUAAUAAAUACGUUACAAUCUAAGAAACGAAAUCCCCCAAGAACAAUUAAAUUCGUAAAUCACUUUUGUAUGUAUCAAAGAAU